ACCUUCGUGGUGACCAACAGUGUCGCCGGCAAGGUCCUCUCCGGCAGGGGGUACAGGGAGUACAGGCUCGGGGACUACUCGAAUUGGCUGCAGAACAGGGUCAACGACCACUGGGGCCGGGUUAGAAGCUAUUUGGUUGACAGUAACAUUUGUCAGAGGCUGCUUCAGGCUGGUUCGACCCCGGUGGACGAUUUUUACAGAGAGCAUCUAUCUGCGCUUCAGUUAUAUGUCGCCGGCAAGGUCCUCUCCGGCAGGGGGUAUAGGGAGUACAGGCUCGGGGACUACUCGAAUUGGCUGCAGAACAGGGUCAACGACCACUGGGGCCAGGUUAGAAGCUAUUUGGUUGACAGUAACAUUUGUCAGAGGCUGCUUCAGGCUGGUUCGACCCCGGUGGACGAUUUUUACCGAGAGCAUCUAUCUGCGCUUCAGGUAUAG